UGCCGAGCAGCCAGUAGCGGAGGGCCACGAGCCCCAGGGGACAGGCACCACCCGCCCUGGGGCCCUUAUCUGGGUCCUUUCCCCCAGGCACCUGCUUUGGCAACGGUGGUACCAUGUGGGGCUGUGGGGCCCGGCUGGUUUGGCUGAUGUUGUUGCUGGCCUUCCUGGGCCCGGCACUGGGGGGUGAGGAGGAAGAUGGGGAGGUGGUGGCAGAGGAGAAGGAUAACAUGCUCUCGGAUGAGCUUAGGGAGGAGGAUGGCGUCCUGCUGCUCCACGAACACAACUUUGCUCGUGCCUUGAGCGAGCACCGGCUGCUGCUGGUGGAAUUCUAUGCACCGUGGUGUGGGCAUUGCCAGCGGUUGGCCCCCGCCUUUGCCCAGGCAGCUGCCAUGCUGAGGAACGCGUCCAUCCCAGCGUGGCUGGGCAAGGUGGAUGCCACAGUGCAGGUAGCCCUGGCCAAUGAGUUCGGCAUCACCUCCUACCCCACGCUCAAGCUAUUCCGCAGUGGCAACCGCACCCACCCCGUCGCCUACACCGGCCACAUGGACGCCGAAGGCAUCGUGCGCUGGAUGCAGCGUCGGGCCAGCCCCAGCGCCACACUGCUGCAGGAUGCUGACACUGCCACCGCCUUCAUCAGCUCCCAGGACUUGGUGGUCAUUGGCUUCUUCAAGGACCUGGGGAGCGAGGCGGCCCAGGCAUUUUAUGAGGUGGCCCAGGAGCUGGUGGAUGUGCCAUUUGGUGUGGCUGAAGCAGACGAGCUGUUCCAGGCAUACGGGCUGUCGGCUGACACCAUCUGCCUCUUCAAGAAGCCCCUGCCCCAGCAGUUUGACGAGGGACGGACAGACUUCCCUGUGGACCCAGCGCAGGGGCUGGAUGUGGCUGAGCUCACCCAGCUGCUCCGUGUCCACAGCCUGGAGCUGGUGAUGGAGUUCACCAAUGAGACCUCCAAUCAGAUCUUCGGUGCCAAGAUCCCCCACCACAUGCUGCUCUUCCUCAACAAGUCAUCAUCAGCACAGCUGCCACUGCAGGAUGGCUUCCAGGCAGCUGCCAGUGCCUUCCGGGGCAAGGUGCUCUUUGUGGUAGUGGAUGUGGCUGGGUAUGGUGCCGAAGUCCUGCCCUUCUUCGGCCUGACGCCCACUGAUGCCCCCACCCUGCGCCUUGUCAAGAUGGAGAACAACCACAAGUACCGGAUGGACCAGGACGCCUUCUCAGACAUGGCCAUACGCACCUUCAUCCAAGCAGUGCUGGACGGCAAGGUGAAGCCCCACCUGCUGAGCGCUGAGCCCCCCAAGGACUGGGAUGCGCGGCCUGUUAAAGUCCUGGUGGGGAAGACCUUCGAGCAGGUGGCAUUUGAUGAGACCAAGAACGUCUUUGUCAAGUUCUAUGCGCCGUGGUGCUCCCACUGCCAGGCGAUGGCAGCUGCCUGGGAGGAGCUGGGUGAGCGCUACAGGGACCACAAGGACAUUGUCAUCGCUGAACUGGAUGCCACAGCCAAUGAGCUGGAGAAUAUCAUCAUCAAUGGCUUCCCCACCCUGCACUACUUCCCCGCAGGCCCAGGCAGAAAGAUGGUUGAGUACAAGAGCGUCCGAGAUGUGGAGACCUUCUCCAAGUUCCUGGAAAAUGGGGGGACACUGCCUGAGGAGCCACCUGCGGUGCCCAAGCCACCUGAGAAUGAGAACAGCACAGGCAAGGAGGAGCCGAGUCCACUUGGGACGGCCGAAACCCGGGAUGAGCUGUGAGCCCUGUCCUGCUCAGGCUCGUGCUAUAAACAUCCUGGAAACAAUGUGGGCUCUGCUCUGUG